AUGGACGGGCCCACGCUGAUAACGCAGCCGCCUGGGUACCCAGAGGAGCGCCCGGAGACGGAUGAUAUGGACGGUAUGCUUGACCAUAUCGCCGACGAGCUCGAGGGAAAACAGAUGCUGGAAAAGCCUCGAGUGUCGAAAAAGGUGAUGGUAUUCGCCCUGAAAGAGCAGAACCGCAUCAUUGGGCAGCUUCGGAGAGAAGCCAACGCCAACUUCAUGCUCCUGGAUGACAGGAGUCGGCGGACCCAGGAUUUAGUCCAGAAGCUCGUGGGCAAGAUCAACACCCAGGAGACUCAGCUUCAGAAAGCAGAAGGGACAAUCACGGCAAUGCAGGGAGAGAUGCAGCACAUGCGGGGCAAAAUCGAGGAGGCCUUGAAGCUUAUCGAUAUCGCCAAGAAGCUCGAGGAGAAAAUUGUCUCCGUGCAACACAGGCUCGAGACGCAUACGGCCACGCUCAAGGCACACGAGGCACGAUUUGGAGAGAUCGAUCGAUUGGCCGGGAGGGUUUCAAUCUUGGAGGAAGCGCUAACCAAGAUAUCAGGGGAUGACGUGUACGUGACCACCGACCAUAUGGGCGAGCCGAUGCCCCUGAAUACGGUGGUCCAGAACUUGCAGAUCACGCUGACGGAGUACAACGUCAAGAUCCACGAGCAAUCUAAGGCCCUCCGACAACAGAGCGAGGUCCUGGCGAAGGCGGAAGGUCAGCUGGCAGAAGGAAUACGUGUCAAUAGAGAGAACAUCGAGGAAAUGCAGGUGAAAUUGGCAAAGAACGACGACAUCGACCUAGGGGAGAUACGAAGAGGGCAGACGUCUAUUGCCGAGCAGCUCGACGUCAUCCAGCAAGAGCUGUUGGCAAAGAUAGACAAAUCGUACGUGGACGAACACGUGGAAGCACGGUACGAAGAGAUCAUCAACCACUUGCACAAGGCCUUGUCCUCGACGGAGCAGGACGAGCAAGAGUUCAAGAAACGAGCCAACAAUCUCCAGAACGUCAUCGAGCAGCUGAGUGCCAACAAGGCGGACCGGAGAGAGCUCUUGGAACUGAAACAGUUCAUGGUAUCCUUGAACGGCCAAGAGCGACGAAACAGCACAGAGAGACGGCGUUCUUCCGCGGCUUCUGUGGGAACGGGCAGCGGCGAAGGAAACCCGCUGACGGGGCCUAUCACCCGAGACGAGGUGUUUAACCUGUUGGAGGAGAAGGCGGACAGGAAGGAUCUGGAGAAGAGGAUGGCCGCCAUCGUUACGAGGGUAAACAACGCGGUUAUCCGAAGGGGAAGUGGGGGAUCGACGGCUGUGCAGGGGGCGACUCCGACAGGACCGGCGGGGCCGAAUGGCUACGGUGGAACGCCCGCACAAAGAGGGGGGAAAGGGGGGCCUGGCGGGACGCAGAGCAACAACGACAUUGACGCCUGGGAAGCAUGGGAGCCUGACCCGGAGGGAGCUCUGGCGCUGAGCAAGCAGCUCACCGACGGCUUCGGGAGAGCGGUCAAACCAGACGGAAUGGCUGUCGGCACUUGCCUUUCCUGCAAGGCACCAAUUGUGCACCCAGACAAAAUGGACUUGUUCCCAGGGGUUUCGAGAGGCGGCGGGUUUCAGUUGUGGUCACCUUCGGGCAAGGGGCCGCCACUCCGCGCACCCCCAGGCGAUACCCUCCCUGAGCUAGACCCUACCGAUGGUCGGCAUAUCAUCGGGAAGGACGGAAAUCUUUACUUAGCGCAAACAAGCGGACCGUUGACGGGGGCAGUGCCGCCCGACACCAGACCUGGCGGGCCCACGCCAACAAGACCAAAAACUGCAGAAGGCUGA